GGUUUUUCUACAAGGCUGAUGAUACUAAGAAGUUGCCGGAUUUGUUUUUUAAUGCAGUUGCUCUUGAGGCGGCAUGAGAUAUCGCUAGGUGAAAUGGACAAGCUUACAUUGAGAACUUCUUAUAACACAACCGACAUUUAGUAAUUCAUCAACAAUAUCAUCAUGGGCAAGACACGUCGGAAUAAGGGCAAGGGCGGCGAGCGCUCGGAUCCAAUUGCCAAACCUAUCAAACCUCCUUCAGAUCCAGCACUUGCUGCGUUGCGAGAGAAAACGGUGGUGCCCGCCCUCAAAGAUCUUCAGAGUGCCGACCCCAAAUCGCGUACGGCAGCUGCCGGCGCCAUCGCCAAUAUCAUCCAAGACACCAAGUGCCGAAAGUUGCUUCUACGGGAGCAAGUUGUGCACAUCGUGCUCAACGAAACGCUCACUGAUGCAAGCCUCGAGAGCCGUGCUGCUGGUUGGGAAAUCCUCAAAGUCCUGACGCAGGAGGAGGAAGCCGACUUUUGCGUGCACCUGUUCCGGGUUGAUGUGGUGACGGCUGUUGAGCAUGCCGCCAAGAAGGUGACCCAGACUGUUACCAGCCCCAACGCAGCACAAUUCAGCAAGGCAACCCAGGCAGAGCAAAAUUUCGUUUGGAGGAUUGCCGAGGCACUCGCGACCAUUAUUUCGGCCCUCGCAGAGGCCCAGGAUGACAUGUUGCAGGUGGUAGUCGCGAAUAAGUACAUUGUCCAGCUGCUGUUUGUGCUAAUUUCAAGCGAUUCGGCACCUCCAGAAGUUAUCAAUAGUGGUCUCUCGUGCAUGAUGACCCUGUCAGAAGACAACCCACGGUUCGUUGAAAUGAUCCUUGCCGACGAGGAGACCAGGUGCUUCAAGCUUCUUAUGACCUUGAAGGGAGGACAUGGACUACCGGCAGUAUUGGCCUGCGGAGUGCUUCAUAACAUAUUCUCGAACAUGGAAUGGUUCGACUCGAGUCCAGGAAGGGAUAAAUCCAGUGACGCGAUCCUGAUUCCCACUCUCACAAACUCACUCGAGGCAGCCCAAUUAAACAGCGAGGCGGCAAAUGAUCAAGACGCUUCGAGUCCAGUGGAGAUCCUUCAGCUCGCUCUCGAGAUCCUGGCGUCUAUCGGCACAAGUCUGCAGGAGUCCAUAGUGAAAGGUGAUAAGACUGGAGGCGGAUGGAAAGGUAUCGACGACCAUGAAGACAUGGCCUUGGAUGCGGAUGAGAACAGUGACGUUUCAGACAAGGAAAAUGAUGACGAUGAUGAUGAGAUGGACCAAGACGAAAUCGAAGCCGACAUGGAUCUCGUCACCGCGGCUGACGACUACCCCGAUGAAUCGUCUGGUAUCGACGACUUGCCGACCUUAAAGCUCCUCUUGCAGAAAGCAAUACCUCAGGUUCUCAAGAUCACCAAAUUUAGCAGCAACGCCACAGACGGAGCCGCAUCGCUCUUACGAGGCUACGCUUUGUCAACCCUGAACAACAUUGCUUGGGCGUUAUCGUGCCUGGAUUAUUCAGAUGGACACAAUACUGCAGUCCAUGCGGCAUGGGCCCCUGUAGCACGAACGAUAUACACUUCUGCCGUGGCGCCUGUCCUUGCAAGCGACACGUCGGACGUCGACCUGGCGACUUUGGUGACUGGUCUCGCAUGGGCCAUUGCUAGAACCCUCAAGGAGAAAACCCCUAUAAGUGGAGACGAGCACAAAAAGUUUAUGUCGUUGUACCAUGCUUCGAGGAACUUGCCUGUCGAUGAGGAUCCUUUCCAAAGCCUUGGUGUCAAGUGCAUUGGAGUCUUGGGGCAGUUGGCACUUGACCCCGCGCCGAUAGAGCUUAACCGCGAAAUAGGAGUAUUCCUGCUCACAAUCGUCGCCUCGCUUCCCGAAACGCCAGCAGCAAACGUCGUGGAAGCACUCAACCAGUUAUUCGACAUCUACGGCGAUGAACGGCACGCUUGCGACAGGGAAGUCUUCUGGAAGGAUGGCAUCCUGAAGCAUUUUGAGGAGUCGACGCCCAAGGUUAAGGCAAUGGCAAAGAAAAUAGACAAGAGAAAGCAAACAGAGUUGAGAACUCGAGCCGAUGAGGCCGCCUUGAAUCUGACGCGGUUCAUUCAGUACAAGCAGAAGAACAAGCCAUAGAUGAUGGCAUACGAGACAAGAAGUAUAAACCGGUACAUACACUAGACGGGUGCUAGUCAACGGCGUAGAUGACACCCGGAUGUGGAGUUCACUGUGCAGGAUAAUUGACCUGAGUAGAGCUGACAAAACAAACACAUGCAACAUACACUGUCACAGCGAUAUACUGACG